CGCCACGCACCGCUAACGGCAGCAGUAGUGUAGACCGGUCGUUGUCGUUGCCGUUGUUGUUCUUGUUCUUGCAGCAGUAUUAGUGUCGAACGUGACUGAGUGCGCGUGUGUUGUCUUCGUGUCUGUCCGUCGUCAAAUAACGAAAAACGAAGCUCACAAAUAUUGUCAUUAUUCAUUCGUAUUAUUUUAUUAUUGUCGUGGUCGCUGUAAUUUUGUCGCGCGGAGACCGAGCCGGUCGGGCCCCGGGAGCAUAAUUCGAUCGAUAACGCCGUUUCCGGUUCCCCAACAGUGCAGUGGCGGCCAUGCGUUUGACGCCGUUGUGCGAUUUAUAGUGUCGGUGGUGGAAGCUCAUCCCCUCUCACAACUAAAAUUUUAAUAAUUAAUUAUUGCAUAUUAUAUUCGACGACGAAUUGUUUAGUACCGACGAAGAACAAUUUAGUAGCUCCGUUGCCAUUUAUUACCAUUUUUUGUUUCGCGCGAAACGCAGUAGCAACCGGACAUCCGGAAGCUGAAAUGACCCGCAGCUUUUGGUCGCUCGCUGUCGUCCUGUGCUUGGCGCAGGCGGCCACCGCUAGCGCGCCUUCUUCGUGUUACCGGACGUCCAACUACUUCCGGACGCAUUUCAACGACACCAGCUACGUAUUGGAACAACCAGCUGUAUCAAGUGCUUACUUACAAGUGUGUGGGAAAUCGCAAGAGACAUGUUGUCACGAAAACUCCGAACCACAACUGGUGACUGUUGGCAGAAAUAUGUACGACGACAAACUGCAGACUUCGUUAAAAACCCUAAGCGGCAUGUACAAAGAGAAAGCAGCGAAAUUCGAUGAGUACUUCAAGGAUAUGCUGAACAAGGCCAGAAUGGGUUUUCACGACAUGUUCAAAAAGACGUAUGGAAUGAUGUACGAACAGAACUCGUACCUGUUCCAGGAUCUGUUCCGGGACUUGGAAAAGUAUUACGACGCUGGCAACACGAACAUCGUCGAGGUGUUGGAAAACUUCUUCUCCGUGCUUUGCCAAAAAAUGUUCACAGUCAUGAACAGCCAGUUUACGUUCGACGCAAAGUAUUUGGUGUGCGUCAGCGAGAGCAUGUCGGAGGUAGCGCCCUUUGGCGACGUGCCCGACAAACUUUCGGCGCCGCUGAAAAGGUCAUUUGUCGCUUCCAGAACGUACGUCCAGGCACUGAAAAUAGCCGGUGACAUUUUGGCCAACAUCAACAAGAUGGCACCUACCCAAGAAUGUUUGGUCGGUUUCUCCAGAAUGACUCAAUGCCCGGCUUGCAGAGGACUGCAGGACAGCAAAGCUUGUAACGGAUAUUGUCUGAACGUCAUGAAGGGAUGUCUGGCGUACCACUCGCAACUCGAUCAAGACUGGAACGCGUUUUUGGAUAUCAUGGAGAAAGUGAAAAAGCGUCUGCUAGGGCCGUUCAACAUCGAACUGGUCGUUAUACCGAUCAAUGUGAAGAUAUCCGAAGGAAUAAUGAACUUCCAAGAGAAUUCUCAGAAGGUUUCGCAAAAGGUGUUCGCCAACUGCGGUAAACCGACGUUGGGUCCGUCGCGUAGGCGCCGUCGCCGCGACGUGUUGUACAACGGUGACGACUACUACGACUACCAACAAGGACGGGUGAUGAACGACGGUAAGAAUAAGGACGCCGGGAAGGCCGACGAGGACGGCGAGGACGAUGACGACGAUGAGGACGACGAAGACGACGAAUACGACGACGUGAAACCGGCGGUGUCGCCUCAGGCCAGAAACGAGAAAAAAGAAAACGUCCCGGAAGAGGGCGGAGAACGGAAGAAGCAGCCACAGCAGCCGCAGAGGAAGAACAAAAACAACAACGGACCGAAGAACGGUGCCGGCGGUGGAGGAAACAAGAACAGGAAAAAGAACAACAAGAACAACGGUCUCGAAGACGAGGAAGAAGACCAAGGAGGUCCUGCGUUCGCGUUCCACAGACUGCUCAAGGACAUCGGCACCCACGUGUCUUCCACGAAAAAUUUCUGGAAGAGGUUGCCGUACGAGGUGUGUAACAACGAUGUGGCCGUGAUCGAGACUGUCCAGAACUCCAGUUGCUGGAAUGGAUCUGCAUUGGCCAGUUACGGCAAGGAGGUGAUGAGGGACGGCCUCAAAAACCAGAAGAGGAAUCCCGAGGUGCCGGUGGACGUAACGCGACCGAGCAGCCUGCUCAACGAACAGGUGUACGCGCUCAGGGCACUGAUCAACCUCCUGAAGAAUGCAUACCAAGGGCUGGACGUGGAAUGGGACAUGGAAGAGGUGUUCCACGGCGGCGAGUCAAGUGGCGCCGGAGCGAUAGCGUCAUCAGGCGACGGUUCCGGCGACGAGGAUUCAGACUCCAGCGGCGGCUACAUGUCCUCCACGUCUCCUCCGCCGCCACCACCGGUGGGCGGAAACGGCGCGGCCACGACGGCCAUCAACGCGGCCGGUACGACGACGCCCUCGCCGACGCGAACGGCCACAGAUCCGUCCGACGGAGGCGCGGAUUCGGGAUCGAGCGCCGGCCACAAGGUCAAACCGACGCUUCAAAAGGCGCUGGUCACGUACCUGCUGCCGGUGGUCGCCGUCUGGUUCGGUGGCUCGUUCCUCGAAUGGAUUCUGUGAGCGGGCAAACUAUAUUGCCCGUCGCGGUUUUUCUAAAUUUUAUUAUUUCCGGUUUUAUUAUUAUUUAACUCUUGUCGUUUUCGGACGGUGCCAUAAAUGAAGAAGAGAAAAACAACAACAAAAAAACGUUCAGCGCGUGUUGUUUGACUGUGAUAAAUUUUUUCUUUUCGUGUACAAAUUUAUUCGUUAAGUAGCGUAGUCGCGUGUAUAUAAUAUGGUGGCCCGGCGCGACUACCUCAUCCUUGUCGUUAUCCUCGGACGGCCCCAGACUUCCCUCGAGUAACCUGUAACCAGAGUCUUCAUCGAAAGUAUAAUAUAUAAUAUAAUAUAUCAUAAUAUAAAAUUAAUAGUGACGUUACUUUGUAUAAUAUGAUAGUUUUGUUGUACGACUAAACAUAAUACCUAACAUUGUAUGUAGGAUGCUAACAUAAUAUUAUUAUUAUUGUAAUGUAUUUGUUUUAGUUUUAAUUAAUAUUAUAAGUUUAUAUUAUUAUAUUCAAAUAUCUCAUCAUGCAGCUCGUAAUCGGUUGUUAAUGUUGUUAUGGUUAAGAAUUUAUAAACGUAUAUCUCUCAAUAGAUCAAUAUGUUACACACUUGAUACGCCGACAUUACAAUGUAUAUAAUAUUAUCAUUUAUAUAUAUAUUUAUUCUAGAUACCAAGUUUUCAAGUAAAAUUCCCCUCAAGUCCCAAAACUCUUUCGGUCAAAUGAAGGCAUUUGACUCACACCACAAUAAGCAGCAACCUGGUGGUGUAUUUUGUUUACAAUGAUUUUUAUUUGUUUUAAUUUUUAAGUGAAUUAGUCUAGUCAACAUUCUCAUAAAUUGUAAAAAUGUAGCUAACAAAGAAAAAAUGUACAAUUUUGAUUUUCAUUUAUACAAUUUUUUUUUCUUUAAUAUAUACAUUUUUUUUAUUGGGUAAAUAUAUUUUUGUAAUACAUUAUUGUUUUAUACAUAAACAUAUGUGAUUUAAAAAUAAUCUUAUGUGCAUAAUAUCAUAAAUAUUUGUACAAACAUAUUAUUGUCUGUCUUUCUACAAAAGAAGGGUCCAUGUUUCGUUGUUAAGGCCUUAUUUAAUACUAAUCUAUAAGUAAAUAAAAUUAAAAUAAACUUUUUUGUCAUAAGUUUACUUGUAAUGUAAUUAUGUACUUAUAUCAUGUAUAUAAAUAAUUUAUAAUUAAAUAAAAAAAUAUUAAAUAAAGAAAAACUUUA